UUGGAUGAUAACGAGAUCGUGAGCGUCCACGUGGAAAGUUAUUUUCUUCAUCUUUUUUUUUUUCCCUGCACCGAUGAUGAUAUGUUUUAAAAAAAGGAAGCCCUAUCGCGUGUUUUAAAAUUCGAAUCCGUCCGUCUAACGGAGGAGAGAGGGAGAGGGGAGAGAGAGAGAGAGAGAGAGAGAGAAAAUGGCAUCGAAGGACAUCAAGGGUUUCUACCGGCAGACGAAGAAGAAGGGCGGCGGCGGUAAGGCUAAGGCCAAAGACAAAGCCGCCCCCUCCAACUCCAAGAAGAAGGAAUGGGGCGGCAAGCACACCGGCGGAGCGUCCGUCGGAGCUCCCGAUCCGGCUCAGACCCCGGCCCUCAUCGCGCACGGAUCCUUGGAUCUCGUAGAUGACUACGGAGAAGAAGAGGAGAGGCUGAGGCAGUUCGACAUGGACAUGAGGUACGGGCCCUGCAUCGGGCUCGGCCGGCUGCAGAGGUGGGAGCGCGCCGCCGCCAUGGGCCUCAACCCCCCUCCCGACGUCGCCCGCAUCCUCCAACGGCCCUCUGCCGCCCUCGAGUGCCUCUGGGACGGCCGAGUCUAGUAUAACACAGCACCUAUACCAUGUCUCCCAGUGCCCCAGAACACGAAACAUAUUAUCGAGGAGGACAUGGACACGGACAUUAUCUUAAUUAGUUAGGGUUCGGUUCAGCCUUCUUCUUUUUCACACUUGUGCUCCAUCAGCUGUAUCUCAAGACUUUCUCUUUCUUUUCAUCAUCAUGGGCUAUUACUGUUCUGGAAAUCUUUGGAUUGAUCUUUAUUUGGCGUUCCUUGCUGCUCGAACCUGUAUGCACCAUUUGCAUUUCUUUGACUAGCGUAUUACAAACAAA